UCAGUGGCAGCAGCAGCAGGCUGAGGCGUAUAAAAGCGCCGCUUCCUGCUGCCGGCUGCAUUUCACUGCUGACUGCUGCCCUCCUCACAGCACGAGUCUACCUGCUCAGGAUGUCGUGGCAAGACUACAUUGACAAUCUGAAGACGCCCGACCAGAGCGGGAUGGCGCCCAUCAUGGAGGCAGCCAUCUGUGGGGCCUCACCAGGGCAGGAGGCCAUCUGGGCCAAAUCCAGCGGCCUGGCCAGCAUCUCGGCGGAUGAGAUCAAGAAACUGAAUGGCGACAGAUCGUCCUUCUUCCAGAACGGCGUCUACAUCAGCGGGGUGAAGUGCAGGAUGCUCAGGGACAUGAUGAGCGACACGCCUCCCUGCAUGGACAUGAAGACGGCGCCCGACGCUGACGGCGCAACGUACAACAUCUGUGUGGGGAAGACCAAAACGGCUCUGGUCAUCGGCAAGGGCACCAAAGAGGCGUCAGGCGGGCAGGUGAACGCCAAGGUGUGCGGCGUUGUCAAGUACCUGACGGACCUCAACAUGUAAAACAAGAUGGCCGCCGUCCAACAAGACCAAGAUGGACGCCUCCUCCCCCUCCGUGGUCCUUCUUAUUUUGACCCUGCAGCUGUAUUUCCUGGUCCUCAUGGAUCAAUGAUGGUGUUCAAAGUCUGUGUAGUGAUGCAAUGACUGUGUGGCAGCUGUUAGCGUGUUCACACGUGACCCGACUGCACGCGUGUGUUGACAGCAGGAGGCCAGUGUUACAUGUUCCACAGUGGAGACGGAAAAUAAUCACAGUCACACCAACCAAAUAAAGAGCAACACGUUUAUUCUUCCACUC